CAGAGUCAGAGUGCAUGUUGCGGGUUGCGGAAAAGAAGCAAGGCCGCCCACCAGAGCACACAGCACAGCAGCCAGGAGCGAGCACAAGGCCCCUACGAGCCAAGGAAAGGAACGCAGCGCCCCCGCAUUACGUACGUACAGUCCAGGAAGGGCCUCCACACCCGCAUAGCAGCCCACAGACACACUAUCCAGGAGUAAUUAGGACACACAGAAGACAGAACGAUGUGUUGGUGGUGUUGCAUGCGCGUGUUGGAAAAGUGUCUGCCCCGUAACGACAUCGUGCGGGAGCUGGCGCCGUACUUGCAGCAUGUACACCAGGAUGACACGCUGGACGACGAAACGCGACGCGGCGGGGAUAUGGGCGGCCCCUGGGUGCGGUCUCAGUCUCCUAGGGGCGUCGAUAAAGACUCAGCCACAUCCAGCGACUCACUGCGCCACGUGAACAUGAACUACCCACUACGUCACAGCUUAGACUGUGAACUUAGUCUCCAGACCGACAGCACUUUGAACCACGGCCGACCGCUGAGUAAAAUGAGCAUGAGGAAGCCCGACUCUGGCGGCCACGACGGCAAUUACGAGGACUAUGCUAGUGCCACACUCCAGAAGGAACAGAUUAACUCGGCCGAAAUUUCUACAAUACAGGACGGAAGCAGAACUAUCUCGUCCCAUGGAAGCUCACAGACUCAGACGCAGGAGAGAGAGAACGCAACUUUACUGCGUCUCACGAGGAUGGAGGCGGAGAGUGGAGGCAGCACACAGAGCUUGGAGGUGUCAGGGUCGGAAUACUCUGGGGUAGGCUCGAACAACACGAUGAUUGGCAAGAAAAACCUGGGAAAUAAAAUCAAGACGGACCUGGGAGACCUCACGCCUGUGAGGUGGGAGAAGGUCGUGAUUGUGCAGGUUUCCGUACAGGGUUUCCGGGAGAUGAUGAGUCAAGCGAAGGAUCUCAUGGAGGACGCCAAGUUACUGUACGAACACACGGUACUGUCUCGACUGGCGUCGGAGUAUGGAGGACAGGAGAUUCUGAGUCACUCACGGUCGGGACUGUUUGUGAUCGCGUUCGCGUCCGAGUUCCACGCUGCCAAGUGGUGUCUAUCAUUGCAGCUGAGUCUGGUAUACGCCGCGUGGAAUGAUAAAUUACUCAAGCAGUUUGACGAUAUGAGAGAAGUAUCGGUCACUACAAACGGCAAGACGAAGAAGAACAUGUUGUUGUAUCGCGGUUUCCGGGUUCGGAUGGUGAUUCAUACGGCAGAUCCAGAUAUUACCCCGGAGUUAUCUCUCAGUGAAGCUGUCAAGUGGACCAAGACGGUAAGUGAAUAUGCACAUGGAGGACAGAUCGUGCUGAGUGACAGCGUCUGGGAUCGGUUAAAGGAACAGCUUGUCCAGUUGGGCAAUCCUGUCGUGGAAGAUCUCGGUUGCCAUGCAGUUCUAGGCGACGAAGUGCUAUUGAUGCUGCUGUUACCUCGAGAUCUGGAGCUACGAAGAUUCCCGAGCUUGAAAAGCCCCCACCAGCUCUCACUUGGCAUGCGAGAUGCUCCGUCCGCGCACAAACCUGUCACGAUGGUGUUCACAUUCAUUGAAGGAGCUCGGCCGCUGGUUCGAUGUCACGCAGAAGAACUGGCAGAUCGCAUUAAGACGUUGUGUAUGGUUGCUCGUGAACUGCUGAGGAAACAUAAUGGCUAUGAGUGUCAGGAGUUGCAGGGAGAUUUCAUGCUGGCGUUCUUCACGCCUGCGAGCGCCAUCUUAUGGUGCGGCGAGUUCCAGGUGCGCAUCCGACAAAAGUUCCGCGAGUGGGAUCGUGAGAACGAGAACCAAGAGCUGCGCUUCUCGAUGUCGAUGGGUAUCGAGACUGGUAUUCCUGCUAGUGUAAGUCCACACAAGACAAGUGGACGUGCUGACUACUUCGGUAAUAUUGUGAAUCAGACGGCGCGUAUCGCCAAGGCUGCGCAUGGCGGUCAAGUCCUGAUUGGUGGAGACGCUUGGAGUGCUUACUGCGCUGCUCAGCCAGCACAGCAGAUUAUUUCCAAGGCUGACAAGAUCAAGGAUAUCCCAGGCUCCACAGUGUUCCAGUUCAAGGCGCACGGCUACUACAGUUUCAAGGGCAUCUCGAAGCCUAUUGGCCUUAUUGAAGCGAUUCCUGUUGAUGUGCAAUCACAGACGCUGAGCUUGGACCUGAUGACGCUUAUUCGGGGUCAUGCGCCCAAGGCCAAACGUAUUGAAGACGCAGCGCUCGCUAACCAAGCCAAGACAGUCGUACCAGACGUUCCAUCGGAGCUCGUACGGCUCAGUCAUGGCGGCGAGCAGCCCAAUAAUUCGAUUCGUGAAACGGAGUUCGACUUCAACCUCUCGUGGGACGACAGCAUUUUUGUGUUCGAAGAUAUUGAUGAAGAAGAUGGAGAUAUGGAAGGCGAAGGACACGGACGCGGUUCGGCCGUCUGUGGCAGCGUCGCCCUCGCCAUGCGGAAUAGCACGCUCAACCAUUCUCGACUUAUGGCACAAUUGCGCUCAUCCAGAAGGGAUGACUCGUUCAAUUCACAACGUAGUUCUGCAAAUGCCACGCGGACCGAAGACAUGGAUAGAGUAUAGCCACAAGGACCCCACCGACUUGGCUUGCUGUUCGCCUGUGGUACCUUACUCUCUCGUGUCUUGAUUCGUCGUAACAGAUGGAACACAGUGUCUGUACUGAAGUCGAGGGACACUUCGCAGUGAUGUGGUAAGCUCAGUUGUAUUGCCGCUAAUAAAUUAAAAUGCUUUGCUAUGGCUAGGAGAGUCAGGA